CUUAUUUCUCGAUGCCGAUCUAGGAGACACUAAGUAGUCCCCGCACUUCUCGGAACGGAGUCUAAACCCAAUCGCAAAAUGGCGUCCUCCAUCACAACGUGUUAGAUGACUUUAGAAUUGUUUAACCAGUUGAUAGGAGCUAAACAAAAUGGCAAGUAUGCAUUUGAGAUUGUCAUGUUUAUCUCUGAGAGUGCACACUUUGCUGAGACAGACAGAAGGAUUGUCAAGCAAACUUGGUGUUGGCAAGAAUUUGUUGUGUAGGGAGCUGCAUGCAGGUCAACAACUUCACAGCAGUGAGGAAUUUGGUCCGGAAAGAGAUCUCCAGAGGAACGAAAACUUUGUAGAAACAUUUAAGUCGAGACGAAGAAGGCCACAUAACUUUUCAAAAGUUCAUAAUAGAGUCUUCACAAACAAAGACAAAGAAAAUGAGAGAAAAUAUUUUGAGCAAGAUGUAAUGUCAGUUGACUCUGAUACGUUUGGUCAGUUAGGAAAGGUGGAAAGUUUUGUAAAGUCAAGGAGGCCUGUUCAGGACAUGGAGCAGUCUUUGGGGGCUCGUCUUAAGGAACCAACACACUUUAGUCCAGUAGAAAAGAAGAGAGUUCAGAAGAGUUGGAAUACGAAAGAAAGGGACACGUUUGGUACUUUGGCUGAUGAAGAGAGAAGCUUAUGGAAAGAGUCCCUCACAUCCGAGGUUGGAUCACAUAAUGAACGUUUUCAAGAUGAUCUGGAUGAGGAAGGGAAGAGUCACAUUCGCUUGUCUGCUGGCAACAGACGUCACAGCCAGGACUGGUAUGGAAGGAAGAUAGAGAAGUUUGGCAAGGCAGGACAGAUUAAAGAGGCUGUAACUGUCUUGGAAGAAUGGAUGCUGCAGAACGACCGAGUGAUGCCAACAGCAUAUACAUUCACAGUUCUCAUCGGGGUGCUCGGGAGGGUGGGAUAUACCAAGAAGGCAUUCCAGCUCUUCAACAAGAUGAAGAAAAUGGGCCUGCAACCAGUAGAUCUGACAUACACAUCCCUGUUCAAUGCCUGUGCCAACUCCCCUUGGUCUGAGGACGGUUUGUCAAGGGCAGACAACUUGAGACAUCUCAUGCAAGGCAAGGAUUAUGAACCCAACCAGAUCACAUACCAAGCCAUGAUCAAAUGUUACGCCCUGCAAGGAGACAUCCAGACAGCCUUUCGUCUGAUGGAUGAGCUGACAGCAACGUUCCGACCCACUGCCGAGACUUUCAGCUUCCUGUUGAUGGCUUGUAUCUCAGACAGGAAGGCAGGAUUUAAGUUUACGCUGAAGGUGUGGCGUUUGAUGAAGCAGUUUAAAGUGAGCCCGGACCUGCCUCUGUACAACUUGCUGCUGAGAAGCGUGCGUGACUGCGGUGCGGGGGACAAUGUCUUCUCCGAUCUGCUUCUCCAGGGUCAACAGGAAGUUGACAAACUCACACCAAAAUCACCUGAGAUGUUGAGCCAGAACAGUUCAAAGUUUGUGACAUCUGGUAAACAUGAAGUCAUUGGCCGUGUCAGUGAUGAGGCAAGGUCAGUUCAAGGACACGGGAACGGGAAUGUUUCUGACACAGAACAAAAUACCCAUGACUCUGGAGAUUGUGAGCCUAACAUCCAUCAGCUUGAGAGACUCUCACUUGUUUCAACCAACGCUCAGUGGUGGGAAGUGGCUGCGGAUUAUGCCAGUUCUGACAUCUCACAUCUCAAAUUGGCUGAGAUACCGAAUCUGUUAAGAGCUGACUGUAAACUGGACCAAGUGAUCUCCAUUAGAGAAUUAAAGUAUCCAGACGAGAGAUUGGCUGUGAUUGGUGGAAUGCAUGGCAUCCUGGAUGCCAUGGCAACAGAUGGUGUCCAACCCGAUGUUCGGACAUUCACCCAGCUGAUAGAAGUGGCCCCUCCCACGGUCGAUGCGGAGAUGGCCCUCCUGCACCGGAUGGAGGACCUGGGGGUGAGGCCAGACAUUGCCCUGUACAACUCACUCAUCCGCAAGAGAUGCUUCAGGAGAGAUGCAGAAGGUGCCAGGAGGGUACUAGAGCAGAUGAUGGCGUCUGGACUCCAGCCAGACAUGAUGACGUUCGGAACUUUGGCGAUGACAUGUCGCUUCCAGAAAGAUGGCAUGCAGUUCCUCAAGGACAUGGAGCAUUAUGGUCUAUCACCAAACAUCGAGGUUUUGGGGACACUGGCAUAUGCAAGUCGCCUGGACUUUGGUUACAAGUUGGCCAUCUUGAGAGAAGUGGAGAAGCGGGACCUCAGCCCUAAUGACAAGUUUGUGGAGGUCGUGGAGCGCAGCAUUGCUCAGGCCAAACGAAGAAUUGUCCAAGUGGAGAAAGGCCUCACCACAGAUAACUUCCUUUCCUCGCAGUACUUCCAGACAACAUUUAUGAAGUUUCUGGACUACUAUGAAACAUGGCUGAGGAAGACGAGGCCCCACCAAGAGCCGCACCCAUGGAAUGAGUUCAGGAAAAAAGUUGAAAAAAGUGAUGUGUCCGAAGCCAGAAACUGACGUGUUCAUGAUGAUAAAUACUUGAAGACAGUUGCAGUGCAAUAACCAUUUGGUUUUCACCAUUUAUUUAUGAAACUGAAUUUUUCACCUUGAAAUUGGAAUAUCUGUUCAUGUCUGCAUGUAUAUUUAGUCAGAGAAAUAAAAUAGAACUACAAUCAUGACAAUAAAUUGUUUUGUUCAGUA